AGUCAUAAGAACAGGAGCCCCCCAAGUCAUGGAAUCCAGGAGAUCAGUGCAGACCCCAAGUCACGGAAUCCAGGAGAUCAGUGCAGACCCCAAGUCACGGAAUCCAGGAGAUCAGUGCAGACCCCAAGUCACGGAAUCCAGGAGAUCAGUGCAGACCCCAAGUCAUGGAAUCCAGGAGAUCAGUGCAGACCCCAAGUCAUGGAAUCCAGGAGAUCAGUGCAGACCCCAAGUCAUGGAAUCCAGGAGAUCAGUGCAGACCCCAAGUCAUGGAAUCCAGGAGAUCAGUGCAGACCCCAAGUCACGGAAUCCAGGAGAUCAGUGCAGACCCCAAGUCACGGAAUCCAGGAGAUCAGUGCAGACCCCAAGUCACGGAAUCCAGGAGAUCAGUGCAGACCCCAAGUCAUGGAAUCCAGGAGAUCAGUGCAGACCCCAAGUCAUGGAAUCCAGGAGAUCAGUGCAGACCCCAAGUCAUGGAAUCCAGGAGAUCAGUGCAGACCCCAAGUCAUGGAAUCCAGGAGAUCAGUGCAGACCCCAAGUCAUGGAAUCCAGGAGAUCAGUGCAGACCCCAAGUCAUGGAAUCCAGGAGAUCAGUGCAGACCCCAAGUCAUGGAAUCCAGGAGAUCAGUGCAGACCCCAAGUCAUGGAAUCCAGGAGAUCAGUGCAGACCCCAAGUCAUGGAAUCCAGGAGAUCAGUGCAGACCCCAAGUCAUGGAAUCCAGGAGAUCAGUGCAGACCCCAAGUCAUGGAAUCCAGGAGAUCAGUGCAGACCCCAAGUCAUGGAAUCCAGGAGAUCAGUGCAGACCCCAAGUCAUGGAAUCCAGGAGAUCAGUGCAGACCCCAAGUCAUGGAAUCCAGGAGAUCAGUGCAGACCCCAAGUCACAGGAGAUCAGUGCAGACCCCAAGUCACGGAAUCCAGGAUACAGAACCCAAUUGGAUCCAGAAGAUCGGUGCAGACCUCCAGGUGAUGAUCGGUGCAGACCUCCAGGUGAUGAUCGGUGCAGAUCUCCAGGUGAUGAUCGGUGCAGACCCCCCAAGUCUCAGCACAACCCCCGAUCAGUGCG